AAAUAAUUUUUUUGACUUAUAAAGUGACAAAAAUCAAACCAGAAGCUAUUCUUUGUUGUUUACAGGCUGUUUUUGUAAUUUAACAGAAAAGGACUUUUCAUUUUACAUGCUCUAAAUUAAAGCAAUGUCUAAAUGACAAGCAAAGCUUUUAAAUACAUUAUUUUUCCGUCAUACACUUUUUGUUUAAAUAUAAUCAUGUGUUUAAUCCAAUUUAUGGGAGGUAAAAGUAAAUGAUUGAGAUUUGUAUUGAUUGCAAAAUAUACAACUAGAAGCAACAAAAUCACUUGAAAUAUUUCAUAAGGAUUUUGCCUUGUAUGUAAAAAUUACUAGAUGGAGUGGCAAUACAAACAGAAACAGCUUUAAGAUCCAUUAGCAAUGCAGCCACUAGGGGGCACAAUCCGGCGCUUUCACGCGCCAGUCCAAGUCAGUAGAUGCAGUUCUUUGUCAGAAAGGGGAACUGACAUAAAACCAAAAACAGAUCAGUCAUGUGAAUCGUCACCCGGACUUUUAUUCUGGAUUGGCCGUGGUCCGGAUCGACAGCAACCACUGGUGCUGUUGACAUUCUGCUUUUGACGCACUCCUCUGGUGUUCCUGCGGCAGCGAUGGCUCAUCUCUCCGGCCACGGGAAGCUGCUCCUGCAGCGCCUGUACCAGCAGCGGGAGAUGGAUUUUCUGUGUGAUAUAACCAUUAUGGUGAAGGACGUGGAGUUCAGAGCUCACCGCAACAUUUUGGCUGCCUUCAGCAAGUAUUUUUACUCCCAGGCUGAGAAGGGGGAAGAAGUCAUAACUCUGGACCCAGACAAGGUCAGCCGAUACUCUCUGGAGAAGCUUCUGGAGUUCAUCUACACAGGCCAGAUGAAUCUCAGCAGCACCAGGCAGGCGGCGGUGCGACGAGCCGCUGUGUUCCUGGGAAUGUCGGAGGCUUCCAAGUAUCUGGAGGAAUUCCCUCACUGCUCUGAGCCUAGCGAGACAUCCGAGGGGGAUAAAGAAGGAGGGCUGUCCCCCCGCAGUCCCUGCUCUGACGGCAGCCCCAGCUCCCCCGUUCCCCUGUCCAUCAUCUCCAUUGGUGGAGACUGGAAAGAUGAGGAGGGGGAUUCCAGAGUCCAGGAUCUGGAGUCCCGAGAUGAGGAUUUAGAGGCUGCGGAGAGAAGCGAUGAAGAGUACAUGCCUGAGGUGCAAAAGAUUGGCAGCGGAAAGAGAGGCAGGAAGCCGAAGAACUUUACCAGCAAGCAGGUGGAGCCAAAAUUAGCUGACGGUGCCCCCAAAAUCCAGAGUCCUAGGGGGAGAGGCAGACCCAGGGGCAGUGGGAAAGGGAGAGGACGAGGAAGAGGAGCGGCCAGAAGCCACGAUCUGUUUCUAGGAGACUCGGACACAAGCAUGAAGGACUUUGGAGACACUUCUGCUGACUGGAGCCCUUCACAGGGGGAGGAGUCACUUCCCAAAAAACCUCGCCUGAGCUUUGGAAGGAGGAGGACGGGGCGAGGCAGAGGGAGGGGGCGGGGCAGGAGGAGAAUCAAAGAAGAAGAAGAAGAGGAGGAAGAAGAGGAGGAGGAGGAUGACGAGAGCGGUGAGGGGGGGUUGGACGAUGAGAUGGAGGAGGGUGAAGUUGGGGAGCGGGACCCGUCCGACCUGAGCGAGCUGACGCUGACCUGCAGUGAGUGCAGCAAACGGUUCAAAGACGUGAGCAGCCUGCGGCGCCACGAGAAGAUCCACAAGGGCCUCAAGCCCUUCUCCUGCAUCUUCUGCUCCAAGACCUUCAGACAGGCCACACAGCUCAAGACUCACCUGCGCAUCCACACAGGUGAGAAACCGUUCAAUUGCUGCGACUGCGACAAAUGCUUUGCUCAGAAGUGUCAGCUGGUUGCCCAUCGGCGGAUGCACCACGGAGAGGAGAAACCCUACACCUGCGAGCGCUGCGGCUUCAAAUUCGCCACGUCGUCCAACUACAAAAUCCACAUCAGGCUGCACAGUGGCGAGAAGCCGUACGUCUGCGACAUCUGUGGUCAGGCGUUCGCUCAGUCCAGCACGCUGACGUACCACAAGAGGAGGCACACAGGAGAGAAACCAUACCAGUGCGACCUGUGCGGCAUGUCUUUUUCCGUCUCCUCCUCGCUCAUCGCUCACGCUCGCAAGCACACAGGAGAGACGCCCUACAAAUGUUCACAACCUAAAUGUGAUGCCAAGUUUGUCACGUCCUCUGAGCUGAAGAAGCACAUGCGUCGACUUCACCCUGAUGGGAACUCGGGGGUGCAGUGUCUGCUGUGUGGAAACCGAUUCGCCAGCGUCAAGAACAUGAUCAAACACCAGGAGAAAGCUCACGCCGACGAAGUGCGGCAGCACAAAGAGAGAGCUCGAGCAGUGGUGCUUCUGGCCUCCAGCCAUCCUGUCGCGUUUGUGCAAAGCAAACUGUCGCAGGAGAACAAGAGUUUGGCUUCCAUCCCGGAAGGGGAGCCGCCCAACCCCGAACCCGCCACCCCCAACCCCAGAGCCACCACGCCGGCGGCAGCCUCCUCCUCAGACACGACCACCACCACCGACGCCGCCAUCAUCCAGGAGCUGAAGCCGGAGCCGUCCGCCCUCCCCCUCUCCACCGCAGAGCAGGUGACCUUUGAUCAGGAGCAGACCAUCAACUCGGACACCCUCCACGCUCUGGUGGAGCAGCUGCGACCGCCGCCGUCUCCCGCUCAGGGACUGGAGCAGAUCGUCAUCAUCAGAACGGUGGACACCGCAGACGGCAACGCGCCCCAGCAGUGAGGGGGGAGGGGGGCUGUCCCUCAGCCGGCCUCUGAGGAACCGGUCCUGAAGAGCGACUGCUCAGAUGACGACUGAAACUAGAAAAGAGGAAGUGGUGACAUUCUAAUCCAGAUUGUGUCUGAUAAUAAUCUCAUUUUAAUCUUCUCUUCAGACGAAUCCACUGCGAGUUAACACCUCCAUCCAUCCUUCAGCGUCUGCACACAGUUCUGUAAAUGAUGGCUUUCUUUUAGAACAUGAUUCUGUUUUUAUCUGAAAGGCCCUUUUUCUUUUGUAGAAACUCAACUGAAACACUGAAAUCUCUUAAAGAAGUCCUUCACAUUCACACACGCGUGUCCUGUUCACUGUGGAAAUAUUUCAUACCCAGACAAGAGAAGUGAGCUUUUUCCUUCAGUGUAUGUAUGUAAUCUGCUGGGGUUUUGUAUAAAUAAGUUUGAAAGAUGCACGUUUCAUCUUUCUAAUAAAAUCUCUGGGUUUCUGCUGUAAAAAUGUUUUCUGUUCUGCCAUUUAUAAUCCUCGUCAUCCUCUGGGAUUUUUUUUUGCUCAUUUUUACAGAAACAGGUUAAAGAAGAGGAUAUGUUAAAUAAAAUAGAUGUUCUCAGUCUGAAAAGAGUUAGCAAACAGUGAAAUCCUGCUAUGGGAUUCUAGAAUAAAAAGUGGUUAUUGCUUCUG